GAAGUCUUUGAACGCUAGUAAGGAGGUUGUCCCCUGGGUUGUCUGAAGUUAACUCAUGUUUUAUACAAUCCUCUUCAGUAUUUAAGUUUUCUUUUAAUUUCUGUUACGAUGUAAUGCUUCAAGGCCUUCAAAGGAAGGCGGAGAAAGGUAUGAUUGACUCUGUUUACUAUGAGAUCCGCAAAAUCACCGGGGGUGAACUCGCAUGGCAACAGAUUCAUCUCAACUCAAACACCGGUGAGGCUUCCGCUUUGUUGUUAACUGUUUUAAUAUUUCCCAUGAGAAGAAGCAUCGUUCCAGGGUAUCUAUAGCUUUAGGGUUGUUAAUUUUUUAAAACUUCUGUGUUUAAUGUUGGCUUUACUCCGCCGUCUUCGUUGGAGAAAAGAACGGUUUGUAGCUCAUGGCGGUGCUAGUUAAUUAGAGUCAGGGUUCUUGUUCUAGAAUCAUGUAUUGAAGGUCUUUCUUUGGCUAGAAAGCCGCUGUUUAUUUAAGAUUUCGCCUCCACUCUGUAAAUUGCAUGUAUUCCACCGCACAUUAGUUACUUUUGGUUAAUUUAGUGUAGUUAAUGCCUAGAUAUAAAGUGCCUCAAAGCUGCAUGAAACUGGUGGAACUUUGGCAGGUCAUACAGUACGUUUUAUUAUAUGCUAAAGCAAUUCAAGGUCUCUAAGCUAAUCUCUGUCAUAGAACCUCGAGUUUAAGUCCUGCCCUGACGACUACCUGGAUUUGUUCUUGGAAAUCCCGAGUUCAAAUCUUUGGCCACAAUAGCAAAAUAGCCACCUGGUUUUCCUUCUACCAGCUGGGUUUCUUAAGCUUGAUACGUUCCAAUUAAAGAGUCAAAUCCUGUUAAUAUGGACACUGAGGGGGCCAUAAAAAGUUCAGUAUUAACAGGGUGUCCAUAUUAAGUGGGCUGAAUUUAGAGAUCAUCAAAGGGCUUUCUUCUCCCAUGGACAAAGCAAACUGUCUGUAAUAAAUGAAGUGCCCAUAUUCUAUGUUUUCACUGUGAUGCCAUCAAAAAUAAAAAUGCAAACAAUUCAAUACAGAGAGUCCAGAAUCUGGGAAAUUAAAGAAGAUGAAUAUACAAAAAACCUUGCCAAGAAUCAAGUCUGUGCGAUAUUUCUUAUGCAAGAUAUUCAGAAAAAUGUUUUAUUCAAAUUCAUACAGUAAAGCUUUAUAUAUAUGGAAACAACAUGGCCACCAGAAAUCAAUAAAAACACCUGUUUUUGAGUUUUCCUACAAAGCGUUAAUUCCUUGCUUGAGGAACUCAUAAAGUUAAAGUAAUAAUUAUUAUUCUGAGGCAAGGAAUGUUUUUUUUAACCCACAUAAGAGCUUUCCCAACCACCAGCUAGAUGCUGCAUCAUGCAAAAACCUGAAAACGGAAGCAUCCUCUAUUGCAAAACAAAGGACCCUUUCAAGCCGAAAAUUUGUAUAUUAAAGGUGUUUAGGUGCUGUAAUACCUCAUGAAAGUAAAAACUCAGAAGAAUUGAUAGUUUCUUAGUUUGAAUUUUGGUGACGUCAUGUGAAAACUAAGAGUUAAGCGGGUGUCCGUACAAGGGGUCUGACUUUGCUUCAUUAUCCCUGAAAAGUCCCUUCAAGGGAUAGGAUAAUAGAGUGUAAUUUCUUAUCUUUCAUUUUUCAGUGACUGUGUACAAAACAACAAAAUAAUUUAGUUAUUUCAGUAUGGUAAAUCAUAAUGUGUUGCAUUCCUCUAUUCUUUUCAGGAUAAAAAACCCGCUAUUUUACAUCAAAAGCAAGUGGCAAGAAAGCCUUAUCGUCAAGCAAUAACACCAUCACCCCCCAAAACAAGCCCUGGUUCGAGAAAUGUUUCAAGACCGCAAACUUCAUUGGGACUUUAUAAUGAACAAGAGGCUACUUUUGAUGAAGUGUUGGAUUAUUCAAGGCCGAAAUCUGCAUUUGGAAACAACAAUGAAAGAGUAACAAAAGUGUACAACAUUAACAGGUAAAUUCUUGUACAUUUUAUACAAAAAUGCCAACAGGGUGAUAAAGGAUUGGUGAUAGAUCCUAAUUUCCCUCAGAGUUCUGUUCCUACUUGUUUCUUGGGCUACUAUCUCAGAUUCAGCUAUGGUCCUCUUUAGGAGGUUGCCUCUUUCAAUACUGAUCAUGGGCAUGCUUUUGUGCAUCUUAUAUAUUUUCCAAAAAAGAUGAAGAAAUAAAUCUGCUGAGUAUGUCAAAGAAUUUUUUUAUGGAAAAUACAAAAUAUUCACUGUUUUUUUAGAUUGAAUGCCUUUUGACAAAAAAUGAUCCCCUUCUCCCCCCCCGAUCAAACCUGUGCAUCUGUGGAAGCUUACAGUUUUAUCCUUUGCUUCAACAUUUGAUAUUUAGGUCAAAAACUUCGACAAAGAGUAGAACGGUCAACAAGUCUACAAAGACUACCCAAAGAUCAAAGAAAGGCCCAUCCAAAGCAAGAGUUGUUUGGGUGGACAAUGCUGUGCCACAGGACACCCAACAUGAGUCAAACAGUGAUGCAGUCACAAAUUCAACUGAAUUUGAAUCAUCAAAAUAUAACACACCAAGUAAGUGCCCCUUUUCACAUUCUGUCCAAUGAUUCUUUGAAUUUAUAGCUUGAUCUGUUUUUUUUGUGAUCUAAAUACUUGGUCUGAUGUACAACUACAUCACUUUGUAUAAACCAGGAGCAGAGAGUUAUGCAAUCACUGAGUUGGUUUCAGUGUUCAGCAAAAAUCAAAUACCGUUAAUGACCUAAUAAAUUGCCUGGGGCGUCUAUUCAAUUUUGGGGGUGCUUAAUAUAAUGCUUUUGGUGAAAAUAUCACUUGAGAGAGUUAAAAAAUAGCAGAAUACCCCCUCCAGUUGAUACAUCUAGGCCAUCUAGAGAUCCAUAUCCCUCUUUGAAAUUUCAACACUGAUGUCAGAAUCCUUGCUCAUUGUUGUGUUCCUAUCGUUUGUCUAUCCUUCUUCAAAAUUGACAUUGUCCAAGAUGCAAUUAGCAAAGCCUUGUUGAUCAAGCAAGAAACUGAAUGAAUUGAAUGAUUUUGCACCUCUUGCUAGUCCCUGGUAUUUUGGACUAAUUCUCAUAGGGGCAUCUGUUAGGCAGGGGGCAUUUAUUAAAGAUGGGCGUCCAAUAAAAUUUUAACAGUUUAGAGGGAGUGUUUAUAAGAUAAGAGGCAUUUUAUUUGGAAGUGGGCAUUUAUUAGGACAUUUACGCAAGCAAUUUUAUCUUAAAGAAUAGGUUUUUGUUGUUUUCUUGUUCUUCUGGGCCUCCAAAGCGAAAGGUUGAAAUAAAAGGGGUAUCAUGCAUACAUACUUACAUAUAUGCAGUUACUCUUCCUUCAAGAAGUAAGACCUCCUUUCAGCUUGUCAUGCAAUAAUCUACUUAGGAGGCAAUGUUUAAGCAAAUAUUGCUGUGUUUAUCACGUCACUUCUUGAAGGUAGAAAUCAUGAGUCACAACUAUACAUGUGGUUGUUGUUUAUGGAUAACAAAAUAACAUCAAUUUAUUACUGCGGCAGGAUUAGCUCAGUGGUAGAGUGCUUGACUGCAGAGUGGGAGGGCACGGGUUUGAUUCUCGGGGGUGCAGGACCAGUACUCAGGGUCUUGAAAUAACUGAGUAAUACUGCCUUACCCUGCAAAUGGCCAGACCUUUCCAUGGCUUGGAUGGCCACAUAAGGUGACACUCCUGUCUCUGGUAGGAAAUGUAAAAAUUGUGUCCCCAAUUAGUAUUUUCAUCCUAAAAUUUACAUUGACAAUCAGAUAAAGUGCCUUUUUUUAUCACAAUGCACAUAAAAAGUUUAGGGUGCCCUGGCUGGAGUCUGUGACUGGCAUGUAUGUGCUGUUUUUUGUCUCAGGUAAUAAUUCCACUACUCAGACGUGGACUGUCAGUAAUUCACAAGACAAAGGAAGGUCAGCCCUCCCCAGAAGGCGUACAGGAUUCAAUGCUGGUGCCCUCAUACCGGGUUCUGUAUCUACUAUGGUGUCUAUACCAGAAUCAGAUGAUGGUCGCAGUUCAAGGUCCAUUGCCUCUCCUUCUUUUCAGAAUUUGCUAGAUCAUGAUGAAAGUUCAGAUUAUGAAACAGAUUUAGAGGAGGACUUUCCAGGUACAUUUGUACAAUGUUAUGACUGAAAACAGCCUUUCAGUGAGCAAUAUUGUGAAAACAAAUCAGUGAUUCAUUAUGUUACUGUUACUCAGUUCCAAAGAAAGUGUUUGAUCCAUCAGGAAGAAAUGUGUACCACAAGUUGUGCAAAGAAGAAGGUGAGAAGCCCCUUAAUAUUUCAACUUCCAAAAUACAUAAACUGAUAAUCUGAUAAGCCCCUUUUGAAAAUCACUUUCUAAUUAUUAAAACAUUUUCCAAAGAAAAUAACAGAAAAUAUUUGCAAAUUACAGAAGAGAGUUUUUAUUUUGCUGCCAAAACAGCAAAAAUACAAAAGUUAACUGCAGCUUUCACCUACUUAAAAAUGGAUUGUCACAGUCACAAUUUUUUCCUCCUCUUCUGCCAAUUGUCAGUGCUUUCUGAGAGGAUUGUCAUCAAUUUUUGAAGCCAUGUUGCCUGUCAUUUUUACCCAUUGGAAGGCUCCCCAAAGGGACAAUGAAGUUUUGGGUACUACCUUUGGCUAGCAACAACUGAUACUCUAAGGCUGUCAGCUGUUUUAAUGGUGUAAAUUAUUCCAACAAGUACCCUGCUAGCAGAGGUAUUUUUCCAACAUGAUUUUCAGUACCUAGUAUUUAAUAUGAAGUUGUUUGAGUCACUAGCGUUCACAUAGGUUGGCUUGUUUACGCAUCCAGUUUUUCUGUCAAACACAAAAAAAGAAAAUUAUAGGGAGAUGCAAAUUAAUGUGUAAAUGCUAAAAACCAUGCUGCGAAGAAACCUCUGCUAGCAGGAUAAGGAAAGAUGAAAUGGUGACAAACAAAACAAAGUUUGGUUAACACUAUGACAGUAAAGAAAACAAUAGAUAUAGCUGUACUUCAAAUAAAAAUUAAGUGAAAUGCUAAGAGAGACGUAUAUUGUACAUGUAUAGCUAAGACAAGGGACAUGCAUAACCCACCCAGCCCUAAAAGGGCCUCUAAUUUUGGCUGGUUAAGUAACACUUUUUUAGUUCAGGAUCAUUCAGCAGUCAUUCUUCACAUGAGAAAAAUUAAUUAUAAUCUAUUGAUUUACCAGUGAUAUUGUUUUUACGAACAGAUCUUGUCCCAGUGUCAUAUUUGUCUGACCGGUUCAGAUCCAAAGAGAUUGUUAUGAAGCAUCAUGGACUGGGAUCUCAAGGAACACUGCCUAUUGCCCAGGCACUCAUUGUACGUACCUUGACCUAGCUAUUAACCAAAUGCCUUUUAUUUUAGUGUUUAACACAAAUACCAAAGCAGGUGGUUUUUACAUGAAGUAUUUUUUACCCUUGGUUUUUCUGUGUGGAAGUUACAAGUUAAGGAAAGACAGUGUGUUGCUAAAUUAAAUCUAUUCUUUUGCGCUAAAGUUCUGCAGUCUCUUGAUGUACUCAGGCAGUUGUUACUGCUUGAUCCUUCACCCUUGAUUUAAGUGCAUAGGGCCAUUAUUAAAAUAUGGGCCCAUAUAUUGGUCAUGUGUGCAAUUGUCCUAACACUAUAGUGUGGACAAAGAAGAUGCUGUUUGCGAAGUCUAGGAUUCCACACAAAUUAAUAGUGCUUAAAAUUAUUAAAUGUCUCCAUUGAACAGGCAAAGAGGUCUACAUAAGAUAAGAGUUGCUUCACUGCACUGGUUGACUGUAUGGUCACCAGUGCAACUCAUGGUAACAGAUGUACCGUCUGGAGGAUUUUAAUUGUAUUGUACUUUAUGUGCUGCACACAAUUUAUUAGAAGCUCCUAUUAUUGGCAUUCAAGUCUUCAAAAAGCACAUAUUUUGACAUUGUCAAAGGGACAGAAAAUGUACAUGUGGUUGUGCAGUAUAUUGAAACAUGAAGUGCCUGGGUAAUAAUCAUUACACAACUUAACCACUUUUCAGUGAAGGAACUUAGACUUUAGAAAAAGACAUUUUCAGACUGCUCUGCCAUCUAUAUAGACAGCCAAAAAUAAUUGUUAUUUAUAAGUAUUGUAACAUAUUUUUCUUCAUAUUAGUUUGUGCAGGUACCUUUGACAAUCCCUUAAUUUAUCGAUCCUUCCUUUUUCUCAGAAAAAUACUUUUACAGAAAGGUUAGACUUGACAGAUAACUACAUAGAGGCUGCUGGGGGAGUUGCAUUGGCCAGAAUGUUGAUGGAUAACUGCUUCAUCACAGAAAUAGUAAGUUAAAUCUAUGUUGCUAUCAAUAAUUAAGGCACUGCAAUGCAUGAUUAGCAUGACUAUUAUGUCAUGUAAAAAAGGAACCUGGAUGUUUUUAAAUGCACUUAACAAUCAUGGUGGCCGUCAAUAAUAGUUUGAUAACCAGGACUUUAUGCAACCAAUAUCACUCAUCUGGUCUUUUUAAGCUCACAACGUGAAUGUCAUGAAUAAAUAAUCAUGCAAUUUAACAGCAGCAAUAUACAGUCUGGUAAAGCAUCCCUUUCUACAGAAUUUAUAAUUCAAUGGGAAUUCUGAGUCAGAGGGGUUUCCCAUCAGCCCUAGGCACCAAACCACAGUCUAUCUACAGUGCAAUAAUAAGGGUUAAUUGGACUAAGCUGGAAUUUUCAGAGGCUUGAACUAGACAUUGUUACAUGAACCAACAAAAUUUCAAGCAGGGAUUUUAGUGUGGAUAUUUUCUGUAACUGCAACAAAUUUUACCCAUGCAAGCAUGUCAUUUUUUGACAGAAACUAAGCAAUAAAUUUUACUCCAACAGUAAGCAAGUCCAACUUAAAAUCUAGAGCUGUCAGGUGUUUUCAGACUUUAAGCAGUCUUAAUGUAGAAAGAGGGAGCAUAUAGGAUUUUGUAUGACAAGAUGGGAAAAGAGGGCUUUGAAAUAAAAUGUUUGUAAGAAAGUGAGACAAUGACGUGGUUUUUUGACACCCUGAACAAUGUUAAAAAAUAGUUAUUAAGUUAUGCCAUGACAGAAACAUAUGUCAUGUGCCAUUGUGUUAUUUCAGAAAAUAUCCAUACCCCCACCCCACAGAUGGUCUUUUAGAUUAUACCCCCUCCCCCUCAGAAUUUUUAUUAACCAUCCAUGGGAAAGGUAUGGAUAUUUCCUGGAAUGAUCGAUACAUUAUUAUCAGAUCAUAAAUAACACUCUCACUGGUUGGCUGUGUACAUUGUCUAGCUGAGUGUAAAGUACUAUUAAAGGAGUGGCAAUUAAGUAACUAAAUUAAGCUCUUCCAUUGAAGAAAAACUGAAAUGUAAACCUAAUAUACUUAUACAUUCCUCCCAAACUGCUUCCCAUAAUUACAUUAAGUUGAUAAUUUAAGCUCAUACAGAGGUCUGUUUAGCAUGACUUUUUAAAAUUAAACACUAGGACACAGUGGACAAUCACAAUCAUUUAAAGUAAUUCUUGAGGGAAAUAAUUAUGCUAUUUGUUGGCUAAGGAUUAUCGGCAUGGGAGAUUUGAACAGAUCUGUUUGCUUUAAACAGCAUUAACUUUAAAAAUUACAGUAAAUUAAGUAACUGCAUUGCAAUGAAAUUAAUGAUUUUUCUAUUGGUUUUGUUUGAUUUUUUCUCACAUAUUUGAUGUAUAAGUUAAUAAUAUUUCUAAAGGCUGUUGAUUAAAAUAAUAAUCAAUGUUCCUAUCAUCUGAUGACAGUUCAUUUUGAAAUCAAGAGCAGUGACAAAAUACUGACAGGUUUGUUAACAUUUUAAAACUUUUAAAAAAUGAUGAGAAUCUACGUAAACUUUUCAGUAACCCAUUUUGUUGAGUAACAACGGUGUGUAUUCUUCACAGUAAAAACCAUUUUACCUCAUAUACCAUUUAAACUGUGCACCCAUCUGCUGAAUUAUAAACAUUUUAAAGAGCUAGGUUUUAAAAUGCCUUAUUAUUAUCCACCACACCAGUUAACUGGGAAUAACAUCAAGACUCUUUACAAUACCAAGAUAAUUUCAACAGGUAAUUUCAACACAGCAUUAAAUACGCUUGUCGUUUUUAUGCAGUACAGCUACAAUCGACUCUCUCUUAACGGACAACCCUAUAAGACGGACACCUCCCUAAAACGGACACCUAGAGUUGGUCCCUACCUUUCUUUACUCCCCUUAUUUGACUCUCUAUAAGACAGACAUCUCUCUAAGACGGACACUUACUGCCGAUCCCAAAGGUGUCCAUCUUAGAGGGAGUUGACUGUAUAUCUCGUUUCUUCUUUGUUAGAACUUGUCUGAGAAUUUUCUUCGAUCACAAGGGGGUGUGGCUUUUGCCAGCAUGUUACUGAAGAACACAUCAUUGAUAAAGCUGGUGCUAAGAUGUAAGUAAAUUAUUGCGAGUGUUUUUUAUCAUUAUACUUUGAGAACAGCUUUUUAGCCUCAACUACCAACGGACUGAAUUAUCACUAUCUGCUAUAUUGUAAUAUUGUAAUGAAACGCGCUACAGGUUACUCUUUACGAGAGCCAGGCUCUCUAACGGUGCCUCGUUUCAGUUCUACCUAUGGCAAAAACUCUGUCGCUCAUAGAGGCCCCGCACUAUGGAAUGCUUUAAUUUUUAAGGACAAGAAUUUUUCAAACAUAAGUUAUAAAGACCUGAAGAGUAAAACCCGUUCAAUGGAAAUUUUUAAAGAGUUGACUUUUGAAACAACUACAACAACUACAAAUUUUAGAUGUAAAGAUUUUAAUUAUAUUUAGGAGAUUUAGAGUUUUUAAUGAUGUACACAUAUAGUUUAGUCAGAGUUUUUAACAAUGAGCUUUUAGAUAGUCUGAUUUUGUGUUGUUUUAUUACAUGUACGUAUAUAUUUCGUUCUUAGGUUUAUUUUUUAUGCACGACCCCAUAAGCUGCGUAGCUUUUAAUGUCAUUGUGCUAAAAUAAAGGCUGUCUGUCUGUCUGUUUGUCUGGAAUCUUGGGCGGUGCGCUUGACCUGGCUUGACUUUAAACUGGUAUUGCUGUUGGUCACUUCUUUGUAAAGCGAUAAAAUAACGUGCAAGGGAGCACUUUUUCUUUCGAAAAAUGGGUUUCUGAGACUCAAAAGUCUAACUGAGCACAAGUUUUAUUGAAUGUGUGUGAGAGUUUCAUGUCUUCUCUUAUCAGCAAACCACUUGUCGGACAAAGAUGCCAAAGCAUUUGCCGAGGCGCUGAAAGAAAAUCGCACUCUGACUCACCUGGACCUGAGCCACAAUGAAAUUGGAGAAAUGGGUGGAAUUUACUUAGGAGCUGGUCUGGUAAGAGAUCUUUAAUAAACAAAGAUCAAAAUCUAAAUUUUCAAUAUUCAUUGUCACGCUUCACCUUAUAUUUGUACUUUAAGAAUUUGAAAGAAUUUUAUUGAAAAUAAGUACAUUUUUGUUCCUUGACUAGUCUCCCCCGCAGCCGUUUGCGAGGGAGACUAUUCCUUGACAGGACUUUGUUCUAGCAGCCCCCGGUCGUCCCUGGAACCAUACUUUCGCUUUUGGACAACUAGCAAAUCUUAUUUGUUGUUAAAUAUGAAACCCGGGAUGAAACCGUAUACAGUGGAACCUCGAUAUAACGAAGGGCCAAGGGACUGGCAAAAUUUGUUCGCUAUACCGAGGUUUCGUUAUAUCCAGGUUCUUUUUCAUUACUGGGGCAAAGAAAAUCGUUCGUUAUAUCGCGGAGUUCGUUGUAUGGAGGUUCGUUCGUUAUCGAGGUUCCAAUGUACUAGGCAGGUCUAGAGCACUGGCCACUGGCUUGAGCUUUUGUCCUGUGGAAAAGGUUUAAAGGCAAACUUUAACAAAGAUACUUUUGUAAACACUUACUUCAGAAGCUGAUCUUAGGACAGCCUUUGAAGUCACUUUUUGCAGCCUUUUUAGCUUUUUUUCCCCUCCGUAUCAUUUUAGUACAUUUUUGUUAAAACUAUUAUAAACUUCUGUAAAGCACCCGUGUUAAACUGCUGCAACAUGUUUAUAGUAUUGUUGUUGUUACUAAAAAAUCUUUUUUGGAUUUCAAAGCUUUGUGUCCGUUAUGCAAAGAAAAUGAUGUGUUUGCUGGUGAAUAAAAUUAUUUCUUCCUUGCCUUGGCAGGGUAUGAACUAUGGUUUAAAACACCUAGAUCUCAGUUGGAAUUGUAUAAGAUUUAAAGGUGCUGUUGGAAUGGCCCAGGGUUUGAAGGUAAGUUUGUCUUAACAGCCACUGAUGGAAAUCAUUUUCUGACUGUGCAGAAAGGAGUGGCUCUCAGCAAGGGAUACAGUAAAAAGCCGCGUAUAAGAACCUAGAUUUCUCCAACUUAGCCUAAAUAGAUUCUUAUAGAAAUGGUAUUUAGUGGGAGUUUAGGCUACGUGGGUUCUUAAUUUGAUAGGGGCACUAGCGAUCAGCACAGAUAACUACUACACGGCAUAUGUGAUUUUGAAUAUAUUGCAUUAUUAAAUAAUCAUCCAGAAUACAAUUUAGAUGAUAACCAUACAGUAAAUUUAUCUUUCCAAAGUACUAGUUAGCAUUCAUGCAUGUCUUUCGUGCUGCUGUGUCCAUAAAAUGCUGUGUUACAUUUUGAAUCUUACUGGCUGAAACCUAAACUAAAAAUUUUGGGCUAAAUAGGUUCUUAUGAAACGGCUGUUUAAAAUGAAAAUGUUAGACUAACAGGUUCUUAAAUUUUAGGUUCUUAUAAGCGGGUUUUUACUGUAUGUGACGUCCAUAAAGAAAACUGAGAAUGAAUAUGGCAACCCCACAUUUUUGUCGAUUUUUGGCAAUGAAGCAGAGUAACAUUGCUCAAAAAUAGUAAAAACUGCAUGGAACCACCAUUUGUUGUUGUUUGUUUAUUUUAAAAAUUCAUCUAGUGUAUAUUACAUUGUUGUUAUUUUUGCACCGUAUCAAAUUGUGAUUUUAUGUAGACCUCACCACAAUGAAAAUGCACAUUACAGUCGAACGUUCCGUAAUCGACCACACAAAAUGCCAAGAGUUAGUGUUCGCUUACGAAAGUUGUAUUGUAGGAGGUCAUUUACGAGGAGAAGGCCCGACACAUUUACUUUUGGAGAGAAUGUAUUGCAUGCAAUUUCGAGGUUACGAUAUAUGUAAAUCCAUGUAGUUUCUAAAAGUCCUUCUCAUUCAUGUACUAUGAGUACCGUAGUACAUACAGCGAACACAAAUAUCAGACCAUUGUAUCAGAUGGAAAAUUAUUCGACCGUCAUCUUAAAAAGUGAUGGUGGUCGCUUUCGAGAGGUGGUAGUUGUAGGUUCAAACUAUAAGGCUUUGACGGGGAAAAUCUUGGUCUUUUGGAUAAGUGGUCACUUCUGGGGGUAUCCGGUCACCUCGCCACCAAUGAAAUCGCCAACAAGAAAUAUGUAUGUUAAUACUUAUCGAAAGGACAAGUCUCUGAAUUCUUUCACUUUAGAUUUACAAUGGAAUUUAAGGAGGUAAGGUUCAAGUGACAAGAUUAAUCAACUUUCAUAAGUUAAAGGAUGUUGGAUUUUAAACAAAUCAAACCUCUCGAGCGAUGCAAAUAACCCGUAUAAAGGUAUUAAAAAGUAGCAAUUAUUCACAAAACUGAAGAUGAGAAGUACGACGCAAGGUGUCAAUUAAAAUCGAUAAACUUAAAUUUGGGCUUAAGGAAGAAGUAACAAUCCCAGGUAAGUAAACAGUGUCAAUUAUUGUAGAGUAAUUAUGUGGUGGCGAGAUGACCGUAAACCCUUGUGAGAGGUGGUCACACAUGGAGGUUUUACUGUAUUUGUCAGGUUAAGAAGCCAGCCUUAUGUGCAACCCUUCUUAUACAUGCAUACUAUCUUCUUAUUUUCAGACAAACGAUUGCCUUUCACAUCUCAACAUUUCCUGGAAUGGUUUAUCCCUGUUGGGAUGCGUGGCUCUGGGACGAUUUCUGAAGAAAAAUGAAGCUUUAGAAUCACUUGACAUUAGGUAUUGUCUAUCUUUUACAGGACUCUGAACUCACGACGCUAGAGAUGCCACGGCACCAAAAAGCAGCCGCAUUCAAAGAGCAUAGAAAAGCACUUCUGUUACAGGGCCAGAAUGUGAAACAUUGCAACAAUCUUGGACGAAACGCUCUAUAACAUUUCCUGUGCGUACUUCGAGGGCAUUUUUCUAAACAUCGUACAAAUGUGCCCGCUGCAAAUCAUCCCUCCCCCUCCCCUUAAAUCAAUGUUGUUGUGUCUUCAAAAGAGAGCCUCAACCUUGGGCGUUUGUGCGAAGCAACGUUCAUUCGGGGGAGGUGGUUGUCUUUACUUGAAGUUGUUUCUCAGGUAGAAUGAUUUGGCGGGAUUUGUAGCUAUUAUUGGGUCAAGGUAAAAUAUUGCUUGCCUGGGUAUCAUUUUGUUAUCUUAGGUGAAUGAAAGUUUGCUCCAUAUAAGGUGUGGGUAUACUACACUGUUUUGCCAGAGCUUCCCUUGAGAAGUUAGGUUGUGUUAGACUCGCUUUAAAAUGUGAUCACUUUUAUGUUUGUGUUUACCUGCUGAUAAAUUGCCGAAGGAGACGAACAACUUGGACCCGAUUUUGCGGUAACAUGGAAGGCUGACAUAAAUCGACAUUUUCGACUGUUCUUACCUUUUUGAUAGUAACUCUCUAUUUUAAUUAACUAAAAUUAAUCGAUAGCGAUUCAGCACGUAAUUUUAAGACGAGAACGAAGACGUGGACUUUAUUCAAACGUUCUCCUGUGCUUACAGCUUUUCUUUGUUAGAACACCUCAACGUGUCACUCGCCAGCCAAAUUUCGCAUCCCUAAAAUUGGCUCCAACUAUUUCUUAAGGGAAGAAAUCUUGAUCACUAAAGCAAACAAAAUUUCAGUGUCUCAAAGUGCUUUUCAAUUUAAUGAACACAAAAACAUUCACAGCAGUACUCGAAAUCCUUUUGUAUUUUCAAGCCGAAUCUCCAGUAGCUCGCGAGCAAGCUCUUCAUUUGGGGGAUAUCGCGAAAAGUAGACGAGCGAGAGGCACACGAGAGGAGACGCGAAAGUGGGGGGAAGCGGGAAGGGGGCUUCCCCUUGCGGCCUCGCCGCUCGCUGGCGCGUUCUCGCGCGGCUCGCCCAAAUAGGAGAGCUUGCUCGCUGGCUAAAUGUCCAGUUGCGGGCAGAAUAUGGCAAUAAGGGCGGUUUCCAUUUGUCAGAACCGCACCGACCGACCAGACCAUUCCAGUCAUGAUGAGAAUUUCACUUUUAAUCAAUACUAUCCGGCCAGAUCACUCAAUCCUAAAAAGCAUACACGAAGGAGAUAGUGUUUCAACAAAAACUCUCGGAAAAAAGCAUUUUUCAUAGUCAAAAUGACUGGUCCGGCUAUGGAAAGCACCCUAAGAUGAGCACAGCACUUGCGUUCCAAAUCUGAUUUAUCUUUCCUCACCCAGCUAGAUGCAUAAAUGAAUGGACAGGUAACAUAAUGCCGAGGGGAUAUUAACUACACAUUUCUUGUUGGGAAGUAGCAAUACUCUUGUCUACCACGUUUGACAGAAACGAGGUUAAGUUCCUGCCGUACUAGCCUCCCCCGCGGACGUUUUUUGGCGUGACGAACCCCUAAGAACGUCUGCGUGGGAGGCUACUACCCUAGGGUUGUCCCGUGGCUCGUGUGCGCCCCGGAUAUUUCCCUUCCCUACCCGUUCCACCACCCGUUUUCCCCUUGAGAGCUUGCUGUGUUAGAACUGUCGACUUCAUGAUUGUAAAACACAUUAGCCAUAAAGGAGUAUAAUGAAGUACUUUUGAAUCUUUUUUAUUUUUUUUGCAGUAACAAUCGUAUUGGUCUACUAGCCACUCAGAAACUGGCUCUUGGCAUUGCUGCACACCCAAAUCUCAAAGUCUUAAAGGUACGCAACGUUCGUCCACAUUGGAGUGAUCAGUUUUGGAUAGCGAUGUGGGCGUGCCGUCCCCAUCAAGUUCUUUGGUACCUUUUAUAACCCUUAACAUUUAAAAAAAAGUGAAAAGUCAAUUAUCAUUUAAGUUCUUCGGCUUCAAGUUCUACAGGGAACUGAUGUUCAGAAACAAUUCGUUGGAGUUGCUUAUACCUCUUUUAGUUUGUGUUUAAGUACAACAGGAGAGUUAAUUUGCGUAUAUACAAAGUGCGAAAAAGGAGGUUUGUGUCAUAGACUUUGUCCUCUACCGACUCUCUUAAAUGAAGAUAUCAUACACAGCGGAAGAAAGCACUGCUUGAAGUUUCAAAUAAAUGCUAGGUUAAUUAAGAGUAACACUGUGUAUCUUCAAUGUAAUUGACAGAUUUAACAAGACAACGCGACAAAAGUGUUCAUAGCGCGGAGAACAUAAAACCGACAUGACCGCGUAUAACAAAAGACUACCAGUCUUUCAGCUGUCUGUGACAUGAUCAAUGGUAGAAAAGCAGCCUUUUUCUUAGUCUUCCUCGGCGAUUUCGGACCUGACGUCACCUGUUAGGCUUGUCGGAUAGCGCGGACUGGCAUGGGAACCAGGCUGGUGAAUAGCAAAUAAAUCUCCGGAAGCCACGUUUAGUCCUGUCCGCGCGCUUUCGCGUUUUCAUUUGACAUUCUGCCGUCUUUGCUAAACCUGCCUAUUGCUGUAAUCCUUGCAGAUCGGGAAGAAUCCUAUUGGGGAUGGAGGAGUAGAAACGCUGUUGAAUGUCGUCAAGGCUCACCGCACCAUAAAGUUCCUUUCUCUUGAAGUAUGUUUGUUAAAGUUUGUAAAAUUUUAAGUCUUAAGGUUUGCAUUGAAAGAAAAUACUCGCGCAGCAUGCGCUAGCCCGUUACAAUAAACAUGCGUGUUUUCUUAUCAAUCCUGAAAAAUGCAUUUUCUGGCUCUCGACAAAUGUUAGUUAUCUGUGCUUGGCACUAGGCAUCGGGGUAUUUCCCACUGUGUUUGCAGGUAUUCCUGUACCACGUUCUACAUAACUAUUCUUACAAUUUAUCAAAGUAGAAUCAAACCUCUACGACCUCCUCUAUACAGUCUGGGAGCAAGCUUUCUGGGGGCUUUGAGGGCGGGGGAGAAAAAGGGGGGUAUUUGUCUCGACCCCGGACCCCUCAGCUAGCCCCCUAGGGAACAUGCUCGCCUGCUAGCCUCCAUAAUACGGACAUCUCUAUACGCCGGGGAUAGUAAUAUCAUAUUCGUCCCAGAAAUACCAAACUUAAUGAUUGUAAUAAUAGUGCUACUAUCAAUAAUAACAAUUACAGUAAAAAACAAUCCAGCUAGUGGUGCGGACAUGACUUGAGCUCGGAGCCCCCAGAUUUCAAGUCCAGCAAUCUUCAUACAUUCCCACCUCUACAUUAUACAGGCACCUCUGUAAUGCGGGCAUCUGACUCAGUCCAAUAGGUUUCUGUAAAAGAGAGUUUGACUGCCCAUGGGUAUUUUGUAAAACGUUCGAUUAAACGUAUGAAGAAAUGGGUUUUCUUACUGGAAUUUUGUGUCUACUCUUUUGUAGGACAUAACAGUAUCUCCUAAAAUAUUUGACGAAAUCAAAGAGAUUGAGAAAGAAAAAGGCGUCACUAUAAUUACAGGAGGUAUCGGCGGUUACAAGAGACCAAAGGUAUCGUUUAAGCAUUUUUUUUUUUUGCCCAUUCUUGGAAGUCGUCUGUUCGAAAUUUCUUACAGGAGUAGUGCGACAUACGUGAGGAUGUCUAUAAAUCUAAAAGGGCAUGAUGUCUCUCGCUCUUUUGUGGAACUAUUCCUGAAUUAGGCUUUGAGCAGGCUCCUUAUUGGGGAAAAAGGGCAAAUAACAAGACAAGCGCGAAGAAAGAGGCGAACCGGGUGUGGUACCGACGAGAAGAAGCGACCCUUUCCCCUGUCCAUUUCCGCGUUCGGUUCGAGAAUAAGAAUAGAAAAGGCAGAAAUCACGGGGUUUUGACAAAUUGUGAUUUGAGAGUGACCAUAAAGGGGUUAUAGCUGCUGAGAAUGGGUCGCCUGUGUGCAGAUGUCUUUUUUUUCCUUUGUAUAGGGUAUGGAGUGCGUUGUGGUUCAAAUCAUUUAUCCUUGGUUUUAAUUUUAUCUCUCACUGUUCUUGGGUACAGUAAUGUAUGGUUAUUAGUUCAAAUCAAGGGAAUAUAAAAUUAAAUUACGAAUUGAAUUUAACUACAGCAUUUACAACGGUGAUAUGGCCUAGGUGAAUGAUUGCGACCUUUGCGGAACUGAAAAAGAAGCCCUGGGUCCCCGAAUACACAUCACUAUGUGACCGCUAGAAUUGUUUUAAGAACCAGGUCAACACAGGGGCCCUCGGAGACGUUCAAAAUAGUCUCUGCUCUGCCUCCUUCCCAAUGGGAUUUUCUCAUCACUAUACUGGAAACAUCCCCACCCACCCCUCCCCUACCUAAACAUUUUGCCCUAAGUGUGUUAGGAGAGGGGCCAGUGGGUGGUUUUUCAGAAUCUUAUAGGAUUAUCAACCGUGUUGACUAUUAAAUCUCAACCCUUUCCUUCUUUUUUCCGAUCCUACCCGUCCCUCGUGGGUACGCGGCAAGAGGACUGCUGGCUCUACAAACCAUUUUGUAAUCAAAAUGCUAGUCCCACCUGGGAAAGCGCACGUUAGUACUUCUGAGUCAGUCGGCUCAAGCAGCAUUAAAUGAAACGAAUGCUUGACUUCGAGAUGUAGUUAUUCUAUUGAGUUUUCAGACAGUUCGUCAGCAAUUCAACUUUCUGUAGACUACUAGAAUAACCAUGAACUAAGAAUAUAGGCUUUUAGGCUAGGAUUGCUUUGGCGCCCGCCAUGGAGACUCACUAAGAUAGUAACAUUAAAGUCCCGGUAUGCAUGGCGUAUUAACAUUCAAUAUCGGCAUUGUUUACUCGCUAACUCUCAAGAUCUUCCAGAUAUUACUUUAAAAAUAUUAUCAGUUUUUUCAAAACUCACAAAUAUAAUCUUGAUAAAUAUAUUGUACUGAAAAGUUUAAGAGGUGCAACAAGAAGUCAACAAGGCGGCACGAACAAAAUUAUAGAUUUUGAAUAUCGCGCUGGUAAAGUGCCUUACAACAGUCAUAGUUCCAGUUUUAGGUGCUUUUUAAAAUAAAUAACUUAUGCUUGACACAAAUAUGAUAGGACACCUUUGCCACUUUUCGUGAUUUUUCUUGGGACAUUGUAAAUAACCCUCUCUAAUCUAUCUAUUUUAUUACUGAUCUGGCCAGGUUCAAAAGUCGUACUUUACAUGUGACGAACCCAAUAUUAAGGAGCAAAAUGUAUUGUUCUCGCUCGUCCCAUGUGAGGUUUGACGUUUGAAUUUUAAAGCACAUGUAGGGAACAAAUGCCAACAAAAACAACCAAAAGCUCGUUACGUAACACCUAAUAGUUUACCCAAUAACUUUAAGUAGGCAAUAGUUAUUCGGUAUUGAUAGGGACAAAAGCCUACUUAAGUGUAGUUUAAAUUAGGAGAGGUCGCGUUUAUAUCCUGUCAGUUUCACUUGAAGAUCACGAAAUAAUUUUUUUUCCCAUAACGUGGAUGAUUUACGAGAAAACCGUCAUCAGACUACAAAAGAACUACAUGGGAAACUUUGCUGACAAGCUAACACUAUAGCUUGUUUUUAAAGUAAUGAGUAUUUGAAUGUGCUACUUGUUUUAAAUUUAAAUGUUUGACGCAAUAAAUAGUACUUGUUUAGAAUUGUCAACUCGAGGCGAGCAUUUUAUAGCUAGCCUUAUAUUUGACUUUAAAGCCAUAAAUGCACAAAGCCAACGCUGUUAAAAUUAGUUUUGUAAUAUAUUGCUUCGCAUAUCAUGAUUUCGAGAAGUUCAAAUCAAAUUCUCUUAAAUAUGUUCAUGUUGUCCUUCAGUAGCAUAAUUAAAAAUAUUAAACUUUUCUAGUGAGGCCUUAAACUGCUGUUUAAAAAGUAAAAUCUAAAAUCCAAGCUUUCGCCGGUCAACGGCAUCAUCAUCCCUUUCAAAUUCUCUUUGUUUUGUUUUUCUUCCUUCCUCCAUCUAAUUUUUCAGGAAUUCGUAAGACAUGUAAUUUUCUCAAAGAAUGAUCUUUGAAGAUAAGAGAUUGCUGAAAGAUGGUAUUUUUAAAGUUUAAAGGACCUUUGCAUGUAUGCUAUUUGUAUUCAAGAUGACGUCACGAGAUUAGUUCUUCAUGCAUCACAGCCGUUAUUGGGCAUCGUAAUCAGUCGUCAUCAAAAGCAGUACAUAACAAUUUAAUGUUACUUAAAAAUGACGAAAAUGAUGCUUUGAAGUAUUGAACACAAUUUAAGAAAAUAGCGAUCCACACUGAGAAGAAUCCAGAUUGUGGUCAAGGCUGUUUAGCUAGCAACCAUCCCGUUGCGAUGGUGAGAGGCUGAAACGUUCGUAGCUACCAAGAACGAUUGGCUGAGGAAGUCAAUAGCUGUUAUUGACCACUCCAGAAAUACCAUAACAUACCAUAAUGCUCUUUGUUUGUCACCCCGAAAUUUUGCAUAAGGAUUGUCUUCAGUUUCUCUCGGGAGUUAAAAUGGCCCCAAGAGAAACUGAAAACAAUGCUUCUGCAAAAUUUUGGGAUGACAAACAAAGAGUAUUAUGGUAUGUUAUGGCAUUUUCUGGAGUGGUCAAUUACAGUUGAACCUGUGAAACAAGAACAAUUUGGGUUACGCAUUGACAAAGACACGAAAACCGUGAUUAACUCAGUGCACAAAGACCCACUCGUGUUAAACUUUUAAACCACUGUUAACUAAGGGUACUUUCCAUUUGUCAUAAAUGACGAGCCAGACCAUUCCCAUCGUAAUGAGAUUUUCACUAUUAAUCAAAACUAUCCAACCAGAUCAGUCAAAUCCUAAAUAGUAUGCACGAGGGAGAUGGUUUUUUUGGCAAAAACUAUUGGAAAAAGCCUCUGCUCUAGAGGCAGUUUGGCCGAUUGUUUGGGGCGCCAGAUUCGAAAUUCAAAUCCCCGAACUGAUUCAAGUCCCUUUCUAGUUGCGCGCAAACCCUUGACUAAAGGGUAGGGGUUGGCGGAGAAACUGUGAAGAUUGCUCAAUGGCCAUUUUUUUUCUCCGUGCGCUGGAUUUUUUAGUUUGGUAGUUCACUCGGAGCUAUCUAGACUGUCUACUGCCAGUUCACGGGUUACGCUUAACUUGUGACGUUUGAACUGGUAUAUUUGUUGCCGAUGUUAUUUCAAUUAUUGUUAUUUUUUAUUUUUUAUCUCGGUAUUUUACAUUAUUAUUUUUGUUUUCUUUAGGAAAUGCCUCCUGGUAUGCGCAUAUUGCUGAGUUUCAUUCAAGAUAACCGACUUCGCUUGGUUGACUGGUUUAACCAGUUUGACAAGGACCACAGCGGCGGGAUAUCCCGCGAGGAGUUUAAAACGGGACUCAAGGAAACUGGGCUUGUGAUGACUCAGGUAUCAACAGUCACAAACAAAAGCUUUUGUCUCCGUUAUUAUUUUGGUUGCAAUAUUAAAAGCUGUUUCAUCGUUUUCAUCUUAUUCUCUUUUCGUAUCUUUACCAAUCUGCAGCGACAAUUGGACAGACUUAUAGAUUUUAUAGACAUUAACGAUGACGGAGAAAUUGAAUACAGGUAACUAUGGCUGGGAUUUAUUCAUAGAUUGCUUAACUAACUGUUGUGAAACGCUCGGCCGAUCGAAACAAAGUCAAAGGACUGAGACAGUAGACAUGAACCAAUCAAAACUGGAAGAAGAAUUUUUAAGAAACUUUUAUGUGCAGGAAAACACUGGAAAACUAAAUGGUUUUGAAUAUGGUUAUGAUCUUUUGUGGAUUUCAGCCCAAAAUUAAAAAGUACCACAGGAUUCGGACGUAUCAGCACGUGCUUUUCCUUUCUUAUUAAUUGAUGAAAAGUGCCCAAAAGUAUAAUGGCCUGAUAAUCAACAUGGUUUGUUAGUCUGAAAUUGAGAUUAAUUAAAUAAUUCGUUUCCCUUCCGUUUUUUCACUUGUUUUCUUUUCUUUCUUUUAAAUCUUCCGUAGCGAACUUUUACGCGGACGCGAGAUCACCAUACAAGAAAUUCGUCAAGAGAAGAAAAUUGAAGAAAGGCAAAGGAAAUACGACGAGGAUAGAAUGCGCUUACCAAAACUAGAAGGCUACGAUUAUGACCUCAUGUAAAGGGACUGGGAACGAGCUUCAAGUGCCCCGUCAGACCACCCCUGAAGGAAAUGAAGUAAUUGGUGAUGUAACUGUCGUUCAAAGAAACAGUCUAUAAAAAUUAGAGGAGCUUAGGCCUCCGCGGCCAAGACAGCCACGGUGGUCUGGGUCAUAAAUGCUCAUUUUUCUCGAAAUGCAGUUCUGCAUUUUGAGCGUACUCUGGUAUUUUCCAUGAUAUUUUUCUAUGCAUAAUGAUAUUUGUCACAGAUGUAAUAUAUUUUUGAAGUCUCAGCAGAGUUUACUUAGUUACGUUAGCUCAUUAAAUUAUAGACUAGUAUUUUUAUAUUCCGAUUUUAUUAUUAUGAGUCAACAGCUUUGCCUUUUGGAGUUAUUUAUAAGUCACCAUUUUAAAUAUGACAUUUUCGAGUACAUUUUUUCCGUGACCAUUAAUGUUUACAGUCUAACAUUUUUAUUUCGAAUGCAGUUUUGUAUACAUUGUAAAUUCGUAUUAUUUUUUAGUCAUUAUUUAUUAUUGAUGUAAUCGGCCUUUCGUUAGUUUUGACCAUUGAGAAGAAUAUUAAAGUAGUGAAAAGUGAACGAGGGUUAUAUGUUAUCUAUUCGUCCAAAGUACUUUGGCACUGGAAUGAAUUAGUCCUUUUUCGCAUAGAAUAAAUUAGAUUGUCUAAACUAGUCGUAUGAUACUUUACUUCUGUUUAAUUUAUUUGAUUUUACUAUCGUUUACUAAGAAGGAUUUUCCGGAUUUUUAACUGAACUCUUUAUGCAAAGAAGGUUCCUUUUUUCUCCGAGAUGGAUCUGCAGGGCAAAUUUAGUUUAAUUUCUAGCUAUUUCUUGCUCUAUUGGAAAAAAUUCGUAUUUCAAAACUCCAAAUCUAGAUUUCUUAUCGAAGGUGCCCUUAAUAAUAAUAAACGUCUCCAAAGAGGAUCAUGAAUAUUCACUUAUCCUAUUUGCCUUAGUGAACAGGAUAUUUAUGGUAGAUUAUAAGAAAUAACAGCCUGUUUCAAAUUUUAUGCUAAACAGGUUCUUGCAUAGAGGGGGCCCAACAAGCAUUUUUAGUCGCGGGUUUUUACUGUAUCAGGGGAGAGAACUUUCCCGCUUUGCCCUUAAAAAUCUCCCCUCCCCUCCCCUCUCACAAUAGACCUGAUUGGCAAGUUCACUCUGGGUUGGUUUCAGGACCAAUUUGACUGACCCCAAGUUACACGAACUGGGCAAAUCAACUGUGCCUUUGUCCACAUGAGGUAGCAUUUGGACCUUAUCUAAAAGCUUUUCAAUACAAAGUCCUUAAUUUAAUUUUAUUUACCAAUAAAAAGUCAUGAAAAAUAGGUUACACCCAAGAUGAUAAAUGUUCACUAUGCAAAACGGAUUCGGAAUCCCUUUACGACAUUUUUUUCGAAUGCAGAAACCGCACCAAGCAGUUUUAGAGGAAAUUUCAAAUUACUUUUACACUUUAGCAAGAGAAUUCGUCUGUCUGACCUUGCAAGACAUUAUUACAGGAACAUCAUACAUGUUUUAGAUAAUUCAGUUUUAAUUUUUAUCUCAGUUGAUUUUUAUUUUGCCAUUGUUUUUGGGUAUGGUAAUGUAUGCUAAUGAAUUCGAAACAAAGAGAAAAUAAAAAAAUAACUGCAACAUAUACAAAUUGCCCUUUACUGAAUUAUUUGAUACUGACCGCUAAACUGUACUUAUGGGGUUGUAGAAGAAAUCAGACUCUUCCAAGUAUGACUGCCUCUUCAUCCAAGGUUAAAAUUAAGAAUGAAACAGAAAAGUCCAUAUUUGUUAAAACAAAUGAAAUGCAC